UUAGCAUCAGCUUAUAAAGAACGAAUAGCAACACUUAGUAAAGAUCGAAUUGAACCUGAAUUUGAAUAUGAUGAAAUACGUAUGGAAAUUUGUUAUAAACGUAUUACUUCAAUAAAACUUCGUCAAUUAAUGCUUUUAAAAGAUUCGUGUAGGAAUAUAAUUCCAUCAUUUGAAGAUUUUGUUCGUUAUAUAAUUCUUGCAACUUAUGUACCAAAUGGAAUUGCUCGAUUGAAUUUUCAUUGGCAACCAUAUUCAACACUUUGUCAAGUUUGUAAAUUUCGAUAUAAUUUUGUUGGAAAAUAUGAAUUGUUCGAUGAAGAUUUUCCACAAUUUCUUAAACAUUUUAAUAUAACAAAUUGGAAUAUUGAAAAAAGAAAUGGACCGUCUGGUCUUCAGAAAUGGGAUUAUCAAAAAUAUUAUAUAACUUUACCAGAUGAUUUAAUUUGUCAACUUAUUCGUUUAUAUAAUGAUGAUUUUCGAUUAUUUAAAUAUAAUGUUCAUGAUUAUAUUGUUAAUCGAACAGGUUUAUUACAAAGUUGUCAUCUUAUAAAAACAUCUUGGAAAGAAAUGUAA